AUGGCUUCCAUCAGAGAUGCCUUAGGGGAAAGUAAAGGGCUGUCUCAUGAUGGAAGAGACGUGGCCAUCACAGUGGCUGUGUGUAUCUUUGUGGCUACUCUAGUCACGGGGCUUCGUCUCUGGUUGUCGAGAAGACAGGGACCGCUGUUUGCCAUGCCAGACUUUAUGACUCUCGCUUCUUUGCUCUUUUUCUACUCCUAUGCAGUGGGGACCUACAUGAUCCUGACAAUUGGGCGCAGUGGCUACCCAACGUCACAGACCCAGCACUGGCGACUAACCUUUACACUCAAGUGGAUUUACUACCUUCGAUUGGGUUACGCCACAGGUCUGGGCUUGGUGAAAUGCGGCAUUUUAAUGGCCAUAUGCAGCUCUCAGGCUGCUUCAUCAAAGGCAACUCGAAUUGCAAUCCGGGUAUUAAUGGCAUUCUGUGCGUCCUGGAGCCUUAUGGCCAUCCUCCUAGAACUCCUGAACUGUCGCCCCUUGAGUUACAACUGGAAUCUAGAUCGUUCAGAUGGCCACUGCAUUAAUCAGAAUGCCGCGUUCUUGGCCGUGGGCAUCAUUGACGCGGUGACAAAUGCUGCUAUCCUGCUCCUUCCGUUGCCACAACUUAUAAGGGCAAAAGUGACACGAUCAGAGAAGCUAGCAAUGGCCAGCGUACUUGCCAUGGGCAUACUUGUUGUUGCCGUCGCGGCAGUCCGUACAGUCGCCAUCGCUAGAGCCGACUUUCACAGCAUCAAUGGCAAUAUCAAGAUGGUAUCCAUUUGGACUACGGUGGAAUGGACAGUCGCAAUCAUGGUAGCUAAUGCUCCUAUCCUUUGGUCCUUGCUUGACUGGCUUGCUCCCUUUCGCUCUAUUGAAAAUACUCAAUCAUUCCCUGCUAGCAUAAACAUGGAUACUGGCCGGGAGUUUGACUACAUUGUUGUUGGCGGUGGCACGGCCGGUUGUGUCCUGGCAUCGCGACUGAAACAACACGACGCCUCUUUAUCAAUCUUACUUAUUGAGGCUGGUCCGGACGCCAGCACCCACCCACUUGUUCCAGAUGGAAGUAAAGCCGCCCAGUUACUCGGAUCUGAGCUUAACUGGAGCUACAAGACGGUGCCGCAGAAUCACCUCGAUGAGCGCGUGCUUUCAAACCAUGCGGGAAAAGCACUGGGCGGUAGUACUGCAAUAAAUAGUGGUGGAUGGAUGCGAGGAGCAAAGGAAGAUUAUGACCUCUGGGCCAGCUUAGUCGGCGACCCUCGAUGGAGCUACCAAGGCCUCUUACCCUAUUUCCGGAAGCUUGAACAUCACUUUGACUCUCAUGCCGAUCCCGAAAUUCACGGCUUUGGGGGCCCCAUCAAAACUGAAUCUGUGUCACAUACCGGCCGCAAAUACCCUCUUCGUCAGCCGGUGCAGGCCGCUUGGGCUGCCGUCGGGUUGACUUACCACCCUGACAUCAAUUCUGGCAGCCCAUACGGAUUAGUUGAAGUGGUCGAGAAUCGCGUCCGCGGAUCACGGCAGAUGUCGAGCACUGCCUACCCGCUAGAUGUGGAAAUCAUGACCGAAACCUUUGUCAAGCGAGUGCUGGUGGAGGAAAGGCAUGGCAGAAAAAUUGCGAUUGGCGUGGAGUUGGAAGACGAAAAACAGAGCCAACUCAUUGCACGCCAGGAAGUCAUAGUGUCCACGGGUGCAUACCGGACUCCACAACUCAUGAUGCUCUCAGGAAUCGGUCCGCAGGAGGAAUUGCGAGCUCAUGGAGUCAACGUUGUCCUUGAUCUUCCGGAUGUGGGCCGUCACUUUGUGGACCAUGUCUCGGUUGCGCAGUGGUGGAAGCUGAGGCAGCCAGAGAAGGGCCUUGCAAUCGGAUCAGCUGCAUUCAGUGACCCGGCCUACUUUCGAGGAAAUCCCGUUGACUUUGUAGCCUUGCAGUCAGUGCCGCUCGAAGGACUCCGUCAGGCCUUGACCAAGGAUGAACCCAAUCACAACCCUGAUGAGCAUCCGCUUAUCUCCUCCCAACGCGUUCAUACGGAGACUAUCACCGUCUAUGUGGCACAGAAUCCUCACGACCCCAUGGUCGCUGUGGAUGGUACACAUAUUACGACACAUGUGUGUUGUAUGCUCCCAACCUCCCGAGGCAGCAUCAAGUUAGCAGAUCGAGACAUCCGAAGCGCACCUCGGAUUGAUCCUAACUAUUGUGCUACCGAGACUGACCGAUACGUACUACGUGAGGGACUGCGAAGAUUGCGACAAGCUUUGCGCGAUACCCCAGCUGGGCAGGAAAUAAUUGAAUCAGAAACAGUCGAAGAGAAGUUUCAGCCAUUGGGUCCAAAUACAGAUGAUCAAACCAUCGAUGAUCUCAUCCGUCGUCGAGCCAUGACGCUGUACCACCCUACAGGCAGUGCGUCCAUGGGCAAAGUGGUCGACGGUGAAUUGCGUGUGAAGGGCAUCGAUGGGUUGCGAAUUGUUGACGCGAGCGUAAUCCCGACUCCGUUGAGCACGCACAUACAGGCGUGUGUAUAUGCAUUGGCUGAACAAGCUGCAGAUAUCAUCUUGGGCAUUAGCAGUGUUUGA